AUGAGUUUCACCCUGGAGAUGGGUCUCUGUGGCCGAAAGCGUUCGCUGCGCAGUCACCAAGUAUCAAAUUCAGACAGUCACGAGGUAACUCUCCUCAAUGUUUCCAGAGAAAUGACCGGAUACUAUAAAUGUGAAAUUACUGAGGAUUAUCCUUCAUAUCACACGGUGAUACUCGGCGGUCGAAUGCAAGUGGUGGUUGUUCCAGAGGAGAAGCCCCUACUGAUACUUGGACGCCCCCGACCAUCGCCUGGCGAUAAAAUGAUAGCUAAUUGUACAUCUGGAGCAGCAUACCCAGCCCCAAACAUCACAUGGACCAUCAAUGGUAGUCCAGUAGGUAUCAACCCAGCAGAAAAAAAAGUUGUAUAA